ACCUAGUUUAACCAUUUUAAAUUAUCCCUUGAUGGUAGUGGCUUUCCAAGUGGAGUGUUAUUGUUUUCAUAUUCAUCUUACUACUACUAAGAUGGUGUCUGCUAAAUUCUGGAAGCUACUACCAGUUACAGACUAAAUAUGACCAUGAUGCUGGGUGGUCUUAGACCAGUUACUGCCUCUCAGCCUAACCAUCCUCACACAGUUGUUGUAGAGAUUAAGUGUGGAGGAAGAGAACCAUGUACACCACCUUAAGCUCCUUGGAGAAAAAGGUGGGAUAGAAAUGCCAUAAAGAAAUAUUAUCCAUCACUCAUUGGUGCUAACUUGAGCGUUACUUAAUGUAGAUUCCCUCCCCCGAAUUAAAAUUUCUAUUUUCUGCUGUAAUUAGGUUGCAGUCCCAUACCCACUUACUAUCCUAAUACAAACAAGUUCCUAAAAUUGCUGGAUUUUAGUUUCUUUGUACAGAUGUUCAUUCCAACAGCAUUGUUUAGAUAAAGUCACAAAGCCAUCAUCAUUUACUCAAGUGAGCACCCCUAAUUAACCUGAUUUUUUGGUGAUAAUCACUCACAAUGGAAUCAAAUCAAAAAUCCGGGGAUGGAUUGGCCGGCACACAGAAAGAAGCAACCCUCCGCACAUUAAUGCAGCGCACGGGAUAUAGUUUGAUUCAGGAAAAUGGCCAAAGGAAAUAUGGAGGGCCGCCACCAGGCUGGGAUGGACCACCACCAGAAAGAGGCUGUGAGAUUUUCAUUGGAAAAUUACCCCGUGACCUCUUUGAAGACGAACUCAUCCCGUUAUGUGAAAAAAUUGGAAAAAUCUAUGAAAUGCGGAUGAUGAUGGACUUCAAUGGAAACAACAGGGGAUAUGCUUUUGUGACAUUCUCUAACAAACAGGAGGCCAAAAAUGCAAUCAGGCAACUGAAUAAUUAUGAAAUUAGGAAUGGUCGACUCCUAGGGGUUUGUGCCAGUGUAGACAACUGCCGUUUAUUUGUAGGAGGAAUCCCGAAAACGAAGAGGAGGGAAGAAAUUUUGGCAGAGAUGAGGAAAGUUACAGAUGGGGUCAUUGAUGUCAUUGUAUAUCCCAGCGCUGCCGAUAAAGCCAAGAAUCGUGGUUUCGCUUUUGUGGAAUAUGGAAGCCAUCGGGCAGCAGCUAUGGCAAGGCGGAAACUGCUGCCAGGAAGGAUACAAUUAUGGGGACAUCCCAUAGCUGUAGACUGGGCAGAGCCAGAGGUUGAGGUUGAUGAAGAUACAAUGUCAUCAGUCAAAAUCCUCUAUGUGCGAAAUCUUAUGUUAUCAACCACGGAAGAGACAAUUGAAAAAGAAUUCAACAAUAUUAAACCAGGGUCAGUGGAACGGGUAAAGAAAAUAAGAGACUAUGCAUUUGUUCACUUUAAUAACAGAGAAGAUGCUGUUGAAGCCAUGAAAGUGUUAAAUGGGAAGGUAGUGGAUGGCUCUCCCAUUGAAGUCACAUUAGCCAAGCCAGUAGACAAAGACAGCUAUGUUAGAUACACCAGAGGCACAGGAGGGCGAGGAACAGUGUUGCCAGAAUAUACUUAUACAUUUGGGCACGUAUAUGAUCCUACUGCAGCCUAUCUGGGAGCCCCAGUAUUCUAUGCACCUCAAGCCUAUGCUGCUAUUCCCAACCUUCAUUUUCCCGCUGUGAAAGGACAUCUCACCAACAGGGGGAUUAUCAGGCCACCAUCCAUUAGAGAAAUUUACAUGAAUGUACCUGUAGGGGCUGCCGGAGUUAGAGGACUAGGAGGACGUGGCUACUUGGCCAACCCUGCCCUGGGUCGUGCAUACCAGCUCAAGGGAGAAAAAAGAGGGGAGGACAAGCUCUACGACCUUUUGCCAGGAAUGGAGCUUACACCAAUGAAUCAUGGCAGUUUAAAACCGCAAGGAAUCAAACUUGCUCCACAGAUAUUAGAAGAGAUCUGCCAGAAGAAUAACUGGGGACAGCCAGUCUACCAACUUCAUUCUGCCAUUGGACAAGACCAAAGACAGCUGUUCUUGUACAAAAUCACCAUUCCUGCCCUUGCCAGUCAAAAUCCAACUAUGCAUCCCUUCACACCAUCCAAGCUAAGUGCCUAUGUAGAUGAAGCCAAAACAUACGCAGCAGAAUAUACUCUUCAGACCUUGGGCAUUUCCAUUGAAGGAACAGAGGCCCCUGCAGCUACAGCAACUUUCCCAGGAUACAUUGCUAAUGCAACUGCCGCAGUGACAGCUACUCAGCUCAAGCAAGCAGUGACUCUGGGACAAGAUUUGGCAACCUACACAACCUACGAAGCUUACCCAGCAUUUGCCGUAGCUACUCGGAGUGAUGGAUAUGGAGCAUUCUAAAAAAACAACCCAAAUGGCCUGUGUAAUUUAAAGCAAUGUCUUAUAUUUAAUCAAGCUAUGGCAGGGGGCAGGAGCUACUAAAACCUAAUAAUUAGUCAGGUUCAAUAUGAUUCUGGAUUAGUGAUAGGGCAAAUUCUGAUGUAGCAAGGCUUCACUGCUUUUAGAUUAGCAGUUUAAUAAUGGUAGGCACUGAUUUUUAUUUUUAAAUCCACUUUUUAUUUUUAUUUUUACAAGCAGGGGGAUAAGCCUAACCCAAGAAGGAAAAGAAAACUUAAAGAGUACGUUGUUUCAUUUGUGUUUACAAACAAUGGUCCUUAAUUGCAAUUUUCAAUAGUAUUUUUGUAAUAACGUAAAGCAAUGGUUUUCAACCAGUGUGCUGUGGCACUCUUGGGUGCCUUGAAUGAUGGUCAGGGGUGCCAGAGGCAACAAUGGCCUCUGUCCCUCUUUCCUUCCCCCCCUUCCUCUAAUGCCCUCUCACAUUUCUACCUCCCAAAGACUUGCACAGCUGUUUGUUGCAGCAGCCCUGGCUACAAGCUUCCUAGGCGAAUGGUGCCUCUGGGGCUGGCCAGGGGGUGCUUCCCAGGACCCUCUGGGGCAGUGUUAGGAGGCACCUCUUUUUGGGGUGGCGGCAGCAGCUGCCUGGAGGACUCCCAAGGAGAGGGGAGAGGGGAGAGGAGGCUGAGGGAACACUCCACAAGGGAGGGUGUUCAAAAGAGGGUGAUAGGCUGCCAGCUCUGCAGGCAAGGGGAGACAUAACGGCUCUUGAACCCCACAGGGGUGUGACAGAAAGAAUGUAAUUGGUCAAGGAAGCUGUGGACGAAAAAGCUAAAAACGCUCUGAUGUAGUUUUUUUUAAGUUGUGGGACUUUUAUAUUCUCAGAUAUUCUUGUUGUAAAGCAUUUUAUAUAGGUAUGCAUCCUGCAUAUGAUGGUGUGCUAGCUAUACUCUUAGGGCCAAACUAGAUGCUCCAUUAGCUGCUUGACUGCAUUUAAAGGUGUUUUUAAAUGCAAACAGCAGACACUGCAGGGGAGGUGACCCUGAAUAUCGCUGAGGUCACUGCAGACAGGAGGGGGAAAUUUAACCCUUUCCUCUCCUACGGCUGUCCUACUCAUCCAAGGCUCUCAUUGGUACCACUGGCUUCUGUCCUGCAUGCUGGAAAGUAUAUUGGAGCUUAGAAGUAUGGGAGCAAUGUCUCAAAGAUAAAUAAAUUGGUCCCAAUGUUCAUUUUCAAUCUUUUAAAAACAUUAUAUGGUUGAAUAAUUAUUUUGGAAUUUUUAGCUUCAAAUAUUAAAGAACAGUCCUAUUCAACUUUACUCAGCAGCAAGAGCCACUUUGUUCAAUGGGUACUUACUUCCAAGUAAACAUGCAUAGGAUUGCAGCAUAGCUAUCUCAAGUGAUUUUUAAUUGAAUUGUGCAAUCCAAUCCCCACAUUUGUAAACCAAAGGAACACCCUAGAUAAACUAGAAUAUACAUCUGAAAGAAGAGGAGGAUCAUUUUGUAUCUUCUAUGAGCAUCAUUUAGAAAUGAUGCUUUCCUGACUUAAAAUGUUAUUUUAGCAUCUUCACAAAUGUGAUUAUAAAUUGGCUGAUUUGCACAUGGGUUUGGGGGAGGUAAUAUGUUGUGCGCCCGCCCGCCUCCAAAAAGUCAUGUUGCAGCACUGCACCUCAAAGGAAAUAUAAGCAGGUUUGGAGAUAGUGAUAGUGGAUUUGGCUAUGCAGCACAACUGUAUUGAAUACCUGACUCAGUCAUCACAUAUCCCAUUAGUGCUGCUUGUGACAUCCAGUGUAGCUCAAACAUGACCACCUCUCUCCUCUUUGCUUGUUCUUUAAAUCAGUUCUUAAAAGGUCCCAUAUCACAGAAAGUUCAAUGAUGUCCUUGUUGCUUUGAAUCAUUAAGAGAACAAAAAUAAGACUUCGGAGGUGGCAGAGUAAAACCUUAGUUGUAUCAAAAUGAGGUGUGAAGCAAGGACAAUUCUGUUCAUUGCUUUGCUAGGAUGGAUUCAUUGUCCCUUUAACAGAAUAUUCACUAUGUUUUUGGAUAUCAUCUGCAUUCAGUUCCUGCCAGUGAAUGCUUUAAGAGAACCUGUAAUCUUUUUUUGUUUUGGAUUACCAAGGGUGUGUGGAACAGUAAUGGGUGUGGGUAGUGUCUGUCUGAGCUGAUUCACACAAGCUUGUGGUUCUUAGAGGGCCUCUAAUGUCAAAGUUGCCAACUACUGAGAUGGCUUACAGUGUCAUGGAGAUUGCCAACUAUUUGGUGAGAAGUUGCAAUAAAGAAGGGACCUCUAGCAGAAGCCCACAAACAUAGUUGUCUCAUGUGUCCAGUUGUCCAGUGGCAGUGACCAUAAAUUUAAUCCAGGUGACCAACAGGGAAAGCCUCUAAAUAGCCUCAGUGACAACACAGGAAUGCAAACAGUGGCGGAGCUUCAUGUUACAGCACCGGGGGGGGGGGCAGAGAGCAGGCAGGGGCGGGGCUGGCAUGCGUCCCGGGGGCUUGCCAUGCCACCUGCCUGGGGGUGUGGCAUGCCACCUGCAGGGGCGUGGUGCCCAGUGCGGGCAGGGGAGCAGCACCACACCUGGAUCGCACUGCCAGGGGCGGUGUGCUCCCCCCCCCCACUCCUCUUCCUCCGCCACUGACUGCAAAAUGCCUCUUUUAGAAUUUUGUCAGGCUGCAGCUUGCAGUGAGACCCAAUACAGGACUGCUGCUGCCCCUCCACCAAAAAAAUCACCUCUGCUUGUUCAGCAAUAGAUGCAGAAGGGCAGCAUUCAUUUGCUUCCAUGGAGCAAGGUAAGAAAGCAAUAACUUGCCGCCUGCCAGAAACAUGGGGUGACUUCCAAAGCCACCCACAAUUCGCAGGUGUCUGACAUUUAGACUACUGCCAGAACCUUAUUGCUAGAAAACCACAUUCUGUGUAAGGAAGAUAGGAAGCUGUGCAUUGCAUGCACGACGAUUUACUGCAUCAGCAGAGACUGAUCCAAGGUUUCCUCCUGAUGCAACAUUUGCCUGCCAGGCAAUGCUGGUCUGUGUGGCCUCUCCCCCAAUGCUACAUGGCCUGGUGUAACAUCCCGCACGACCAGGGCGACUUCACACCAGGCUGUGCUGCAUCGGGAGAAGAUGCACAGCCAGGGCAACUUACCUCCAGGCCUUCUUGGCCCCCUCAAGAUUGGGAGGGGCUGACCCCCAUCCCAGCAGAACUUGGGGGUUGUGGAGGCCUCAUGGAGUUGAUGCCCCUGGACUUCAGACAGGGAUUGAACCUGGGACCUUAUGACAUUCUAGUCAUCUAUGAUCCCACUUCUAAGGUCCAGUAUUCUGAACCCGAGCAGACCAAUCCACAUUCCACCACCUCAGAUGAUCCAUAUGUAUGCAUUGGAAUCACCCUAAAUUGGAACUUUCUUUCCAUGCUAGCACCAAAUUUGUAGGUGGUGGGUGAGUUUAUAGGGGUCUUCAAACAGCCUCCAUGUGUGAGUUCAACCUAAAUCAUUUUUGUUAAUUAUACACUUGUGAAACUUGCCUAGUGUCACUGUAUUCACACCUCUAAUGUUAGCAACAAAAUACUUCUAUCUGGUUGAAAUCAUUUCUUACUUUUAUUUAACUGUAUACUCCCUCCCCCAGCUAUUAUUUAUACACCGUAAGAUAAAGCAGGUGCCUGAGACACAGAAACAGUAUUAAAACAUGUGUGCAUAAAAGCACUUAUAUUUUUCAUACUUUUAGUAGUCUUUGUAUAAAACUGUGGCAGCACUGUGAAAUCACAGAGGUAGCUUUAUUUGGAACAACUGUUUGUUUCAAAAACGGAAAUUCAGCAAAUUGAAUAGUGAACCGUCGAUUAAGAAAAAUAAUGUCAGGUGUGAAAUUCUGUGAAACUGUGUUGUAAAUCAAAUUGUGAUCAAAUGGACAUUAAGAAAUGAUUAAACUUCCUUAAAUAA